CUCUUUAUCCAUGCCAAAUUGAAAACACGAACACUCAUAUUUUGAGAUUUAUCGUCUAAAACAAACACGACUCGGGAGAUUUACGUAUCGGCGCCCUCCCACGUAACACAUCACUGUGCUAAACAAAACAACGGGUUAAAUGUAAUUUGCGAGCCGCCGCUGCAUCGAAACGCUCGGGCAGAAAUUUCGUUGUUUCCGUAUUUUCUUUUUUAGGCUUCCGUAGUUUUUUUAAAUUUAUAGUUUCCUCCUCUUAAAAACGUACAAUACAUGACUGGAAGAUGACGCCUUUAGAAGAACUGACCGACUCUUUCCACAGAGGGGCGAACAAAGUCUUCGAGCUUGCCCAGUUGCUGCAAAUAUCUCUCGACAAAAUUCAGUCAAUCAUAUCCAAAGUCACCGAUCCUCAAGCUAAAGUGAAAUUAUAUGAUGACGAAUGCGACAUUAUCCAAGCCCAAUUAAGCUCGUAUGAUGAGUCUUUUGCAGCGGCUAAAAACUUUAUUACCACCUACACAAAGAAGCUUGACACUGUUUUGUCAGUGCUGUCACCUACGAUCAGGUGGCUGCCUGAGAAGCAAACCAUGAUGGAAAUGACCUACCAAGAAGGUAGUUCGCCCUGGUCUUUUACUUUGAUUCACACCGGUGUAAAUAAAACCUCGAUAUCUUCUUUAUUAGAGGAACAUUUUACAAAAGGAAUGUUGCAAUCAUUGCCGAACCUUUGUGCAGGCGAUUUUGUCUGCUGUUUCGAAAGAAAAAUGUUGUACAGGGCUGUCGUUCUUGGUUUAAUGCCAAAUGAUAGGGUUAAAGUUUUAAAUGUAGACAAUAAUCAUAAAAAAAUUGUUCGGAAGGAGAAUAUCUAUGAUCUCACUGUAGACCUGUUGGAUAUACCUGCACAAUGUAUGCACUGCUGCCUUAUGACACUGGAUGCCAAUGAACAAAAAUUGUGGUCAGAAGAAUUAAAUCAUAUAUUUAAAGCAACCCUAUCUGAGUGCAAACUAUCAGUGAAUGUGAUAGACCGGAUCGAGUCACUUCCACCAAAGUUCAUCGUUGAAGUGUACGGUUUCAACGAAGCACUGGAAUCAGAGGCGAAUCUGAGCGAAUGGAUCUGCCACCGUGUUUUACCCGAGGUGAAGCAGAUAGCCGAGAAAAGCGACACAGAUGAUGUCGUUAGCAUGAUGAGAGAAGAUGCCCUCGACCCGUUCUACGGGAGCACUUCUGAGGAGUCAGACCACAUUUUGUUGAAGGCAGUCUCCGAAGUGUCCCACCAUCAGUCAAAAGGCGAACAGACAGAGGGAGAAAGUACGAUCCAGAAAGGCUCAGCCGACUCAUCCAAAGAAAACCCAGAAAAGGAAAAAUGGUACAAGGACGAAUCACUUGAUCUCAGCGAGAGGUAUCCGCUUUACUUUGAUAGAGAUAUCCAUCAAAAAGGAGAACCAAAUUUUGUGACAAAUCCUCUAAAUCCAAUUGUGGAAUUUAAUCCGAAAAACAUCGAACUACAACACGUAAAAUCCAAACAUGCAGAUGAAAUCACAAUGCAAGGAUGUAGUAUGUUUAGAAACAAUCCUAGUGAAUCACUCAGGAAACAUUUUAAUGAAACUGAAAGAUGCUCCGAAGUGAUUCAUUACAGAAAAUUGAUCAGGACUGGUGAUACUGAACACAAGAAAGGAAUCCAAUCAGACAGAGAAUGUCGAAAGUUAUUUUACAUAAAUAAUUAUGAACAGCGUGUGCAGAAUUAUAGAAGAUUAAUUGGCAUCGAGAACAUUUAUAAAACUAAGAUGAUCACUGAAUGUCAUACUGAAAAAAAAAUGAUUGAAAAUGUGAUGAAAGAACUGAAAAUCUGUAAGAGAAAAUCUAUUUUAUCAUCUUUAGUCAGACAUAAUGAAGUCUCGUUGAUUCCGAUUCAAAAUAAUAGCAUUUGCUUGGACAAUAAAUCUCUGGCUCUGCCAAGUAUUAAAACAAAUUGUGACCAUCACAAAGAAAACUGUAAUUCACCAGAUAACAUUUCAUCUACUGAGGAAGAUACAAUUUGUGAUAUGUAUAAAUUUAAGGGAUAUUGCUGGACACCAAAUUGUACGAAAUGUCACAAUAUUGUUGGAGAAAACAAUGAAAAUAGUGAUUUGUGCAAUUUUUAUGUAAAACAUAAUUACUGUUGGGUACCUGCUUGUACAAAAGUCCACAGAUCUAAAGGCAUCUAAAGAUAAAAUAUAGAGGGGUGCAUUGGACACCUGGAAUAGAAGACUGGAUAUUUUAUGUUUAUACAUACAGUUUUUAUAAGAGGUUUUAAACAAUACAAUUUAAAUGUAUAUGUUUUAUUAAAUGAAUAUAAUUCAAUCAGCAAAGAAGCUUUGCGAUUUUUGUAAUAAUAAUUUUAUAUAUUUUUUAAGUUUUAUACAUUUGUUAUUUUAUAUAGUACCAAAUAUAUGUUAUUUUUAAUUUUCACUGUGAGCAAUUCAUUUGAAUUGACCAAGCAUAAAGAUUUAUAGUUAAUUUGGCGAAUUACAUUAGAUUUUGUAAAUUUAUUAUUAAUUACAUAAAUAAUGCCAAGAAAAAUGUUAGAAAAAUAUCUAUUAUUUACAGAAAUGUUUUGAAUGAAUUAGAAUGAAUGAAUAAACAUUUAUUUAAAAAAUACUUAUACAUUGUUACAUAACAUUCAUUAAGCAGGGGAAGUGGUGGGGCACUUUUACGUCCUAUUUCAAAACUUUUUGUAUCAACGCACCUAGUCCUAGUUUGUUAUUAUUUUUAAUUAAUCAAACAAGAAAAUAG